AAGUUUAGUAUUAUACGAACGGUGUUCUCGGCCACGCGGAAUUGUGUAGUUUGGAGUGACCGCGUUGUGAUUGUUUCAAGUAGAGGUGCGUUUCAGGAAAUGUUGUGAUAGAUAAAUUAAACUAAGUGAAAUAAAACAAUCUUGUGGUUGCAUUGACAAAGUUAUAAAUAUAUUAUAUUUUGCUGAAAUGCCGAGACGAAAACGAAGCAGUUCACCUAACUUGGAUUUGCUGGAAGAUGGAUUCGACGAUGAGCUGAGUUCUAAUGAUGAAAAACCAGGAACACCUAUACAAAGGAAUGCCGCCAACGCACGAGAACGAGCAAGGAUGCGAGUUCUGUCGAAAGCAUUCUUCAAUUUGAAGCGCAACAUCCCCUGGGUUCCAGCAGACACAAAGCUAUCCAAACUGGAUACUCUACGACUGGCUAAAAACUACAUUAGCUACCUAGCGGCCACCUUAGAUGGUCAGUCAGUGGAAGAUUUUUCCACAAAUCUAGCGCAGCCACCGAAAACGGCAUGGCCGUUCAUUUUCCAGCCAGUGCAAACACACGAACCAUCAAAAUCAAAGCUGGUUCCAGUGGUGGCAACUCAUGGCAGCUAUCCUGAGAAAUGGCCCAACACCCAUUCGUGUGGUGUGACGAAGGCGGCAUCACUGAAGACGGAACAUAAUAUCAAAUCUCAGAAAAUCUCGCCAUUAAGAUCAACGUCAACAUCUGCUGCUUCAAAAGCCAAUGGACCAUUCGCUCCCGGAGCGUCACAUUUUAUGGAAUCGCAGACUACCGAAUUGGAUCAUCAUCAACACACCCUGCAGCAUACCGCUAGUCAACAUCUGCAGCAGCAUAGUUUUCACCAUCAAUCGACCGCCAAUAAUUAUCCUCAUCAACUUCUUGUCACUCCGAUGAGUGAAUAGUAUUUGAAAUGUAUGUUUCGCAAGUUCGUACUGUAGUGAUCAAACCAAAGCAAUAUAUGUAUUAAUUAUUUAAUAACCAUUAAAUUUAAUUUGAUAGACUAUGUAGACUGCAGUUGUAAAUAAAAAAUGGUUCCUUACUAUAUAACCUCACAGCAUAGAAUUUUGAACAAGA